GGACACGGAUCGAUGCACCAACUAAAAUCCGCAUCCACAAAAAAAAAGGAUUAGCCCAUUCCCACUAAUCCACUAUCUAUGGAGAGAGAGGGGGAUUGAAAAACUUUAUAUUCCAGUAUUUUCAUACACAAAAGAGCAUCUUCGUAAUUUGGGAAUGAGUACGGGAAAGUCCUGCAUAUCCGUCCUUUCCUCUGUGAGGUGUACGAUGUGAUGAAUGCCGGCUAUGAUGAAUGAUGUUCAUUUGUUGCGAUGAAUGUUCGCGAUGAUGCCCAAGUAAGCUUCUUCUCUUUCUUUUUCUCCCCCUUCUCAAACUCCUCUAAUUUCUUCCUUCCACCCUGAUUCAUUAUCUUUUCGUUUAGAUUUUCAUUUAUAUUAAUCCUGAUUAGUUCAUUUUAAAACAUUCAUCAUAUUAUUUGGGGAAAACUGUCAAAUAGGUUCUCGAACUUUCAUAAAUAAGUCAAUUAAGUUCUUCUAUAGUAGACUUUGUCCGGUCGUCGCGAUUUGGAGCGGUUCCAGAUGAAAUUUUUUGAUGAAAUUUUUUGAGUAUUCAUCAAGUCUAGUUUACUCAUACCAAAUUUCAUCUAAAAAUUUAAUUGGGAGCGUAUUCAAAUUAAUUCGAGAACGCAAAAAUGUGCAGUUAUCUUCAAGAAUUAAUUUGAAUGUGUUCCCGAUUGAAUUUUUAGCUGAAAUUUGGUAUGAGUAAACUAGACUUGGUGAAUAAGAUUUUCAAAAAAAUCAUCAAAAAAAUUCUACCGGAAACUGCCCCAAAUUGCGACGGCCAGACAGAAUCUCUUAUAGAAGGACUUAAUUGACCUUUUUAUGAAAGUUCGAGGACCUAUUUCACAGUUAUCCCUAUUAUUUGUCUUUUGUCUCAUCAAUUGAACUUGAAAUUGUUAUUGAACACUGAUUUAUUGAACAAAAUUUUUUGCUUUACAACUUCAUUAAAUUUUUAGAAAACGUAUGACAUUUUCAGAGUAAAAACGACACCCUCGACAAUUUCAAACAAACAUGACACUUUCUAAAAGAUGAAAAAAGUAGGAACGAUGAAAAAAGUAGGAACGAAUGUCAUAUUGUUGAGAACAACAUGGCAUUUUUUAUCUUGUCAUAUUUUGACAUUCACAAGCAUUAAUAUAACAUUAUUAAUAUCUUCAUUGAUAUUUUUUCCAAACAUGACAGGGAUUCCACCUAUUUAGGAGAGAAUAUAAUUUUACUAAUUUGAAAUAUCACAUUGUUGAAUUCUUAUUUAGAACGAUUUGUGAAACUUAAAUAAGAAGUAAAUGAAUAUAUUAAAUUACUCCCUUACCACAAUAUUGGCAUUGUUAUGAGUCACUUGUGACUACUUGACUGGUGACUAUGUCACAGCAUAGCACGCUGCUCUAAAACUCGAGUGUGAAUUGGAGCAUCUCUAAUGCCAAGAGGGAGAGCACGCUACAUACUUGAUAUGGAAGAGAUAAAAAUAAAGAUGGGUAUAUUCUAAAAAAUAUGAAUUAAUAAAAUACGAGAAAUUGCUAAAAACGUUUAUGUAUUCCAAAAGAGGAAUAUUAUGGUUUUAUUGCCUAUAUAAGAGUAACUAUUGUCAUGUUUUGGCAGUAUCAGACUUUAAACUUGGCAGUAUUUUUCAAAGUUGACAGUAAUUAUGUACGGAUAAAUUUCAUAUCAUAUAUUAGUAUACUAGUUAUAACAUAUUUUCUAUUAUCGAUGUAAAUAUAUAUUCUUUCCUUUUUCUAGUAUAGUAUUAUGGCAUAGAGGAUUUCUAGGUAGCAGUUACCAUAUUUGUAAUUCCUAGACCUGUAUAUACAUGCUUUCAUACGAAAAUACAACGGAGGAGUAAUCUCUCCCUUUUCCAAUUCUUUUGACAAUACGUUUCUUGCCCUUAUUACACGUUUCUUGCCCUUAUUAUGGUAUCAGAGCCAGUGAACUGAUCUCCACCUACGAUCUUGAAAAUUGACAAAGAUGGUGAACCCACAGACGAUAGCAGGGCAGAGGGAUGAUCGGCGGCGAAUCUCUGGCACAGAGAAUUAUCCCAGGAAUACUGGCACACAAGCAAACUCAGUAGGCGGAUGUCCUGCAGAGGAAAUCAAAGAACAGACUGCCGAACCCAAGCAAUUUCCUACGCUCUCAGCAGACCAAUGGAAUUCUUUUAUGGAAUUUAUGAAAAAAUUCAAAACAGGUGAUAAUGUUGAAAAAUUAGCAGGUAUAAAACGUGUGAAUUGGCUUCUUGAUACAGGAGCUUCGUAUCAUAUGACGGGAGAUAAAAAUGUUAUGUUUGACAUUACUCCCGUGACGUCUAUACCGGUGACUCUUCCGAAUGGAAACAUUACGUGUGCUAGCCAUAUUGGCCGUGUGGUGAUAGGUCCGGGGGUAACUCUGGAUAGGGUGCUUCUAGUGCCCAACUUGACGUGUCACUUGAUUUCUGUUGGACGGCUUAUUGAUGAUUUACCGUGUCACGUUAUUUUUACUAACAAAUUUGUGUGAUACAUGACCUCACUUUGAAGAUGCUGAUUGGAGUAGGUGAACGUCGUGGUGGGGUCUAUUAUCUGUGUGGAGCAGAAUCUGUACAAGCUUCACAUGUGGUUGGUGACACAAGAGAUUUAUGGCAUAGAAGAAUGGGUCAUCCCUCAUCCCGGGUAAUACAACUGCUUUCUGUUAAUCAAAAUAAAGUUGGUGUUCGUAGUGAUUUUAAUAAAAAUUGUGAUAUAUGUGAUAGAGCAAAACAGACACGUGAAGUUUUUACUCCUAGUUUAAAUCGUGCCUUGCAUAUAUUUGAACUUAUUCAUUGUGAUGUAUGGGGUCCGUACCGAGAAGCAAGUACUUGUGGUGCAUAUUAUUUUUUGACUAUUGUGGAUGAUUAUUCGCGUGCUGUUUGGGUACAUUUGAUGGCUGCAAAAUCGGAGGUUGCAGUUAUUAUGAAACGUUUUUUUCGAUGGUUAGUACUCAAUUUAAUACUUCUGUUAAAAUUGUGAGAGCUGACAAUGGGACAGAAUUCUCACCAUUGAGGGAUUAUUUUCUUGAUCAUGGGAUUUUGUUUCAGACUUCGUGUGUUGGGACUCCACAGCAAAAUGGUCGCGUUGAACGGAAGCACCGCCAUAUUUUAAAUGUGGCACGGGCCUUACGUUUUGAAGCCAAUCUUCCUAUUCGGUUUUGGGGGGAGUGCAUUUUGCCCGCAUGCUAUUUGAUUAACCGGACACCGUCCGUGAUCAAUAAUGGAAAGACUCCUUUUGAAUGUUUGUAUGGUAAGGUGCCAUCUUAUGAACACAUUAAAAUAUUCGGUUGCCUAUGUUAUGUUCACUCAAAAAGCAGUGACAAAUUUGAAACACGUAGUCAAAAAUGUGUUUUCUUGGGUUAUUCUUAUACUCAAAGGGGUUGGAAGGUGUUGGAUUUGGAAUCGAACAAACAAUUUGUGUCUCGGGAUGUUCGGUUUGUAGAAAAUAUUUUCCCAUUUCUUGAGAAUAAUCCUACAUGUCCACCAAAUGGCCAUGAUGAAGAGUCUGACAUGCAGCACUAUAGGAAUUACACACAUGAGGAUGAUCUUUUGGAUUUUGGUCCUACGGACAGUAACGUGAGAAGGUCUAGCGAGCCAAACCUCUGACAUUCUGGACACUGCUGCCACGCGUCCACAGCAUGCGGACACUGUACAUGUGACUCCGCAAGACACUAUGGUUUCUCCACAAACACCUAUUGCCAUGCCACGUACACCAGCCGACUCCAGUCUUCUUGGAUGAGGCUUACGCCGCAAAAUACCGUCAGUCAAACUCUGUGAUUACGUUCAAACGCAUGCAGCACAGACUGACCCCCACGACUUCACUACUUCAUCUUUAUCUUCAGGUAGUCUCUAUCCCUUAACUUGUUAUGUAAAUUAUAAUGCUUACUCGGUACACCAUCGAGCUUUUCUUGCAGCUAUUUCACACGAACAUGAACCUGUUUCCUAUAAAGAUGUCGUUCGUGAUCCGCGUUGGCGGGAGGCCAUGCGGCGUGAGAUUGAUGCUUUGGAGUCAAACUGGACAUGGACCAUGGUUGAUCUUCCCAUACACAAGAAACCUAUUCAUUGUAAAUGGGUUUACAAAAUUAAAUAUAAUAGUAAUGGGUCUAUUGAACGAUUUAAAGCUCGUCUUGUAGUGUGUGGAAAUCGACAAGUGGAGGGCAUUGAUUAUCAUGAGACUUUUGCUCUUGUUGCAAAAAUGACAGCUGUGAGAACUCUCUUGGCCGUAGCGGCAUCUAAAAAUUGGGAGCUUCAUCAAAUGGACGUUGUUAAUGCUUUCUUACAUGGACAAUUGGAGGAAGAAGUAUAUAUGUAUCCACCCCCUGGUUUCUGUUCCUCUCGGCCCACCCAAGUAUGUCGUCUCCAGCGCUCUCUUUAUGGGCUUCAACAGGCGCCUAGGUGUUGGUUUUCUCGGCUUAGUACCUCUCUCUUAAACUAUGGCUUCACAUGUUCUUAUGCCGAUUAUUCAUUGUUCACUUUGACCAAAGGGGAUGAUUUUAUUUGCAUACUUGUUUAUGUUGAUGAUUUGUUAAUCGCUGGCACGAGUUCCUCUCUUAUUGCUACACUUAAGACCUAUCUUGCUCGGUGUUUUCCUAUUAAGGACCUAGGUCGUCUAAAAUAUUUUCUUGGCCUUGAGGUUGCUUGUAGCCCCAGUGGCAUAUUUUUAUGCCAAAGAAAGUAUACUUUGGAUCUCCUUGAUGAGCUAGGAUUAUCUGGAAGCAAACCCGCGGAGUUCCCUAUGGAGCAGAAUCACCGUUUGGCUAUCACUCAGAGUCCCCUAUUCUCCCAGACUGAUCGUUAUAGACGUGUCAUCGUAAGUUGAUUUACUUAACUUUGACACGUCCCGAGUUGUGUUAUUGUGUUCAUAUUCUUGCUCAGUUUAUGCAAUCGCCACGUACUGAACACUGGGAGGUGGUUCUCCGUGUUCUACGUUAUCUUAAGGGAAAUCCAGGACAUGGUAUUUUACUUCGUGCUGGUUGUGAUUUACGCCUACAAGGUUAUUGUGAUUCAGAUUGGGCUGCAUGUCCACUUAGUCGGCGUUCUCUCACUGGUUAUAUUGUCUUGUUGGGUGGUUCUCCCAUAUCUUGGAAGACCAAGAAACAACCCACUGUAUCUCGUUCAUCAGCUGAAGCUGAAUAUCGUUCCAUGGCUACUGUGGGUUGUGAACUUAUUUGGCUUAAGAGUCUCCUCCGCUCACUUGGUGUUUCUCAUUCUUGCCCCAUGGACGUAUUUUGUGAUAAUCAGGCCGCUCUUCAUAUCGCCUCUAAUCCUGUAUUCCAUGAACGCACAAAACACAUAGAGAUUGACUGCCACUUUAUUCGUGAUCUUAUUCAAGACGGUGUUAUUGCUACUCGGCACCUUAGUUCUUCCAUGCAACUUGCGGACAUUUUCACCAAGGCACUUGGCGCUCAACAGUUUCACUUUCUCUUAUCCAAGUUGGGCAUCCUCACUCCGACCGCUCCAACUUGAGGGGGGGUGUACGGAUAAAUUUCAUAUCAUAUAUUAGUAUACUAGUUAUAACAUAUUUUCUAUUAUUGAUGUAAAUAUAUAUUCUUUCCUUUUUCCUACUAUAGUAUUAUGGCAUAGAGGAUUUCUAGGUAGCAGUUACCAUAUUUGUAAUUCCUAGACUUGUAUAUACAUGCUUUCAUACGGAAAUACAACAGAGGAGUAAUCUCUCCCCUUUCCAAUUCUUUUGACAAUACGUUUCUUGCCCU